AGCACUGUCUAACCAAUUACCCUGUAAAAAAAUAGCAAUAUUCCCAACUCCAUAUCGCAGGCAAGGAUGUGGACUGUCCCUUCCUGUUUUAGUGCUGAGAGAGCCACCGUACCGACUCACACUGGAGCAGGAAUACAGACACUCACAACGCGAUUAUGUCGGGAUUUUUGCCCCGCUUGUCCACCACACGGAGCCGUCUUUCCCACCGUGGAGUGUGCGGGUUUCUGUAUUAGCCAGCGCUGUUAUGUUAUUCCACGGGUAGCUGGUAACAUAGCAGGCCUGUUUAUUUCGCUGCCAACCCUUGUUCGUUUGCCGUGUCAAUGACUGUCCUCCCCUCACUCCUUCAUGGCGGAGACUAAAAUCAUAUAUCACAUAGACGAGGAGGAGACCCCGUACCUUGUCAAACUGUCCGUUUCUCCGGAGAAAGUCACAUUAGCGGAUUUUAAAAAUGUCCUCAACAACCGACCGGUCAACAGCUACAAAUUCUUCUUCAAAUCCAUGGACCAGGAUUUCGGGUAAGUAGCCACCGUCUGUGCGUAUUUAUUCUUAUUAGCUGGCUCACUUGCUGUUUAUUGUGCGUGUACGAGGAGCUAAUUACGCGCCGUGAUAAACGAUAAUGGCUGUAUCAUUGUUACAUGUGCGUAAACUACAGCGCCCGUGUCUGUUUCCACGCUGCUCCUGGCACCUGCUCAUUAUUGCAGGGCUCCACUGUGCGCAGUGGAGGAGACACACGAGUGUUUGAAGUGAUACCAGAUCCGUCCAGAGCCCUAAUGACGCAGCCCCGUCCGGAUUACACACAGACAGACCCCUGCUCCCCUUAUUACUGCCAAUAUAUUAACCCAGAUUAAAGCCAGGGAGUGUAUUAACCAAGUGGAGGAGAAAUACGAGCGCAGUGUUGACAAAAGCAUCCACAUCUUCAAGUUCACAGCUUGUUUUGUUUUUAUUUAUUUCUAUUUAUAAAAAAAAAAAAAAAAAGAAAAUCCAGGAAAGGUCUCAAGAGAUUAUAAAUCACAAGCAUGAUUUCAUCCUAUCCUCUCUCUGUUUGUGUAAUAGUGCAGAAGUGUGUCUCACACAAUGGACUGGAGGUGAAUCCCAGGGGAAUAUGGCAACCACAAGACAGUGUUUGUGAUCAUGAGAGUCUUGUAAACACAUUUGGCAUUUUAUCACCUCAGAGGAAAAGCUCUAUCAACCUCUCUUUGUUCCCUUUACGCAUGUUUUCCUAACAAAUGUUGAGUUAUGUGUGUUUUUUUUUAUAACAUUUAUGCUGAAAAAAUGGUUUUAAAUUCUUAUUUUUUCUUCCAGCAGCAACAUGGAGGUUAAACGACGCACCCUAAAAUUCAAUCCCUUAUCCAUCGGGCUAUUUUAAUUUGCCUUUUUGAAAUUUAAUAAAUGCAAACGCCUUGGCCAAAGAGAUUUAUUUAUAUAUUUAUUACACUAACGGCCAUAUUUUAACAGCUGACUGAGUUAUAGCAAUAGUAACAGGAAAAACAGACAUUUUCAUAUUUAAAUUUGUGGCACGGGGACAAAGUUUUAAGAAAUACUGCUGCUCCCACCGCUAUUACUGAUAUUAAAUAGUGACUUAUUAUAAAAAUAUGAUUUAAAUUGUCAAGGCCUUUUCAAGCUCAGAGGAAGGAGUUGUUUUUAUUGACGCACAAAAACGAUUACAAAUGUCUGAUUCGAAAAUAGCAACCACAAAAUCAAUUAAUAUACAUUACAGCUUUUCAUCAGACUACAUCAUGUGGUUGGACUACAGUGGAAAAUGAGUUUAACAGCAAAUAUGUGCCACUUAGCUGUAAAAAUAAGUGACUAGCUGACUGAAGAGGGCUUCAUCAUCUUUGUCUUACAUUGAAAUGUGGACUUAUGAUGAGGAAUUUGUCCACUCUGUAUCUCAUGAGAUACUUUUAAAGGUGGAUUUUUACCUCAGAGAGUCUGAAGCAGCACCUCUCCUUCACCGGAAGCCAGGCUUUAUGAAUAAUAGAAGUAUUUCCUGCCUCUUUUUUCUUCUUCCCAUCCUGAUUUUCAGGACUUACACCGAAGCUCUCCAGCUCUCUUGGUCAGUGAGAUCUGCAUGUAUCCCUCCUCUGCUGAGGGUGACAUAUUUCUGUCAGUGCCUGUUUCUCAUUCCAGUCUGAUCAGUCAUACAUGGGCCCACACACACACACACACACACAUUAAUAUCUGGCACUGUAACAGCAAACAUGAUUGGAGGAAAUGCAGAGGCAGGCCCUGUCUUCAGAGCCAAACGUCAUACAUUUCCACUGCAGCCUGACCUUGUGGGGGAAACCGGCCCUUCCUGGUGGCUGGAGAGGCUCUGUGCGCCGCUUUGUCCCCCAGCCCCGGCUUCCUGCCUCUGUUGCAGUGCAGGCCGGGUUGCUCGCAGGGCCUCAGGUGAUCGGCAAGCAGAUUAUGGAAACAAACAAAGCAUGUUUGCCUUCUCCACAUGGAGACGUGGCCGAAAACACAGCUACAGUAGGCCAACCUGCUUCUGCAUGUGCAUCAACAAAGCGUUUUAAAUUAUAAUGUGAAUUUGGACAUUGUCAAAAGACUGUAAAGCCAUUAUAGAUAGAUGAUAAAGGCAUCUCCCUCAGCAACGCCAGCCUUUGAGUUAAGGUUGAGUAUUCAGGCUGUGUGAGUGCCGUAUGGUACUGGCACAGUAUGGAAGCAAACCCAGUCAAAGGCAAAGAGGAUAGCUCGCUUUGUGGUAGCCAUGCUGGCUCUGCUGCAUCCACACAGACAGUAUGGCUGCUGGAGAAUUAGCUGGGGAGGAAUAAGACUGCUGAGCAGAGAGGGAAAACAUCAAAUCCCUUGCAGUUAUAGACAGUGUUUGAAAUGUAAAUGAGCAGUCAGUGCAAGGUCCUCUGUAGUAGACCCCCUGGUGUGCUAGAAAAACCAGCCAUUUUCUUAAGGGAUUGCUGAACUACAUUCAUGCUCGUAGUAUCAGCUCUUUAAGCAACGGCCGCACCAAUUUGAUAAACGCUUUGCCCCCCAAACGACUCGGCUUACUGCGGAAUAAUAUGUGCAAAAUGUAACCACGGACUGAGGCAUUUCUGUCACACAACAGGGCACCACAAAUCAAACAAUCAACGUUUCUUUGUGCACAUUUCAUACCUCAGUUGUUUUCCUUUCCCCGUAAUAUUCAUUCAUUCAUUCAUUCAUCCAUAUUCAUAAGACACGAUGCUAAUUGAGACGGGGUUGUUUGGAGGCAACCCACUUGGCUUUUUCGGAGACUUCAAGGUGAUGAUACGGCGCUUUGUGGUUGCCACUGGUGGUGAGUGGGUUUGAGACUUCACUAUAAUGCAAGUCACAGAGGCACUGUGGAGCUGAGGAAGCAGCCAAGCUGCAGGUCUGAAAGGAACAGGCUUGUUUGUGCCUUAGAAAAGUGGGGAGAGGGGGCAGGGGUACUGGGGAUCUUUCUCCUGCUGAGGAUGUGAUCCUAAGCCCCUGUAGGACAGAAAAGUGCAGAUUUUUGCAGAAAUCCUCUCCUUGCUUUUUCGAUUUUGACGGAUUUUGAAGGUUAUGCACCUUCUAGAGCCUCUGCAUGAACAAAAGUGUCUCUCAUUGUCAGAUAGCGACUUAAAACUCUCAACCUUUGUCGUUGUAAUGUUGUUGACAUCCCACAGUAACAGCUAAAAAUGUGACAUCAACAGCCUGUCUGCUAUUUUUAAAAGCUUUCAGGUGGUUCAGGUUGGAUUCAGCCGGUCAGACGUGGUGUGACAUAAAAGUCUAUCUUAUUUACCUUCAAAUAUUUUGCUAUCCUGUUUAUAGUAUCGUUCACAUCAGUCCUUGGACUCGAGGCUGGACUGGGCCGGCUGCUCCUUUCCCCCCCUGGUCUCUGGGUUUAGGCUGUAACUAGCCAGCCCUCCCAUGUCUCUCAAAGUGAAAACAAACACAUCUAAUCUUCCCACAGCUACACAAAUAUCCAGCGCAGUGGAAUAUUCGGCGAUCACCAGGGUAAAUCUUGUGUCAUUAUCCUGUGAAAUCUGUUAAGACCUAUUUAAGCUGUCUGCUCUAAGAAGUCAGAUCUGUGACAGCGGCCCACACCAGACACAUGCUCCUCUAAACAGGGCUUAUGAGGGAGGGUGUGUGUGUGUUCAGGGUGGAACUUAGAGUGCUCCCGGUAUCAGAUCUGAAAAGAAUGAGGACCACGGGUGUUUCGCCACAUGAUGAAGACGUCAUCUGUUAUGAUUGGAGUUUUGUUUUGCUCCUUUUGGUUUCGGCUUCUGUAACAGGCUGAAAUAUUUUCAAAGGCUUUAUCCGCACACGUUCAUCCGAAAGCCGUGAAAUUACUGUGAAAUUUAAAUCAACAAAGCUAACCUCUUUCCUGUCCAGGAUUAGCAAGAUGUCUCUGCGCUGAUACUUUAUUUGUACGGACCACUCCCUCAUCCUCAUAAUUCACCUUACAGCUGGCCGUGCAGCCUGAGCAAGAGGAUACGAACACUUCCUACCUAACAAGCAGCCGGCAGAGUCAAACCCCUCUCCUCCUUUCCUCCCUUUUCCUCCCUAAGGAGGAGGAGGAGGAGGAGGAACAGGCCGCAGAAGCAGCAGCAGACUCUUAGGCCGUCAGCUCUAGCCACAAGGCUACGUUAUCUCCGUCCACCACUCCCAGCAUUACAGCUCCCACAGCAGCAGCGGCAGCAAAGCACACAAAAACACAACUAGCCUGGCUAAUCAUUUCAGUAGCAGGAAAGUUCUGGCAAACAAGAAGUGAGAAGCGGGGAGGGGGGGGCUAUAAAGUAGCUGUCAGAUACACCCCUGCUCUAAAUCUUCUUAGGCCUCCACGUUGCUCUAAAGUCAUGCCUCUCCCUUUUUUCAUGUUGCAUGUUCAAAGCCAAGAAGCUAAUGUGAGAUCUGCGCAAAGUCUCAGAAACGCUUGGAUGUACCAAUCCUGGGGAGGAAAAAAAAAACAAACAAUGAGCGGAAAGUUCAAACUGCUAAGUGCAUCAGGGUGUCAUAUUCAGAAUAAGACUCUCGUACCUGCUCUAGAAGCCAGCUAGCUCCGGGCUCCGUCUGUGUGACACGGGCCGAGCAGGUGUUGUGGCUGCUUUCUGCUGAACUGUGUCCCGGCAGGUCAAAGGUUAACUGGGAGGUAUUUUUGUUGGGAAUUUACAGCCAAAGACGAACUCAGUGAGGGACGUUCACACACUUGAUCUCUCUAUUAAUACAUGCUACUGUGUCUUGACACCCUGUUGUCACGGCUCAACUCACUCAGAAGUGUUCAUUUAUCUAUCUCUGCGGCAGGAAUAUUAAAGAGCACCGCAUUAGCACCUGCACCGGGCUUCAGGAAGAUUAAGAGCUAAUGUAAGAUAAAACUGAUUACUUACUAGCUUCACACACCAUGAAUUGACCUGUCAGAGGGAAUUAGGCCAGAAGAAUUAGUACAAUCUGUGAAAUCCUUUAAAAAACACUUUUGUUAACAGGCAUUUGGGAGAAUAAGCAAUUAAAAAAGGUUUUUGCAGCUCCUGCGUCUCAACUUCUAGGCUGUAGUUCUGUUUGUGCCCUUAAAUUAGCUGUUUGGCAAGCAACUAGUGCUGUCAACAAACAUAAACAAACAUAUUGAUAUAUACCUCGGGGACAGUUUUAGGAAGGUGGUGAAACAGUUUCUUUUGAGUCCUGUGCUUUUACAAUAACUCUCAUGCAUCCUGAUUUAAUAAUCAAAUGUCUUUACCCUCCUAAGGGACAGCAUAUCAAAUCUGAAACACUUAAGUGUCUAAGCUGCAGCACCCGGCCAAGGCUGCAGCUUCGGUUAAUUCGGCUACUGCCAAAAACGCCAAAAUGCUUUAUUACCCUGAUGCAUGCAGGUGACAGAUGGGAUCUCGUGGCAGAAAGAACGAAGUCUUGAGACUGGAUCCAAAAUUAGAAACUGUUUCAGGUGAUUGAAUCAAAAGUGGGGACUGUUCCAGAGCCGGGACGCCUUCGCUCGAUCUUUUUCUGACCGUAAUUUUGACUCAGGAACAGUUAGCAGGCCUGAAUGCUGCUUGUCUAAGAGGUCUUCUAGGUGUGGGCGGUGUGCUUGCGCUUGGAUGCUGAGGUGUUACAAUAAUUUAGAGGAGAGGAGAUAAAAUCAUGGAUAACUUUUUCUACGUUGACCUAAUUCCGAAAAUGUUGCCAAGCUCAUAAAAACAAGACUGAAACAUGAUCAAAACUCAGAUCACUGUCAAAAAUGACUCUUAAAUUUCACAUUUUGUCUUGAAUAUUUGGAAACUAGAGGGCUGAGCAGCGACUGGAUCUGUUUGUGGAGGUUGUCAGGAGCAAUAAUGAGCAUUUUUGUUGCGUCUGGGUUUAAUUGCAGCAAUUUUCCAGUGUUUAACAUCAGUUUGGUAUCCAGUUUAUUAUAUUUGGAAGAUUUAAUAGAGAGAUGAUAUGACCUAAAGGAAGCAUAUAUGGAAAGAACAGCAGUGGACCGAGUGUUGAGCCUUGGGGUACUCCAUAUGUCAUAAAUACCACACUUUUGUUACCUUCUUCUGUGAUACUACUUUCACUUUUUCUUCCCACCAGUGCUCUAAAAAUAACAAUUUAAAUCUACAAGAUGUACUUGUACAACUUGUAUUCCCUCAUGCAAACUGAUGUUAAAGUCAUACAUUGCGUUCUGUCUUUGUGAAGCUCACAGUGUUGUCUGUGUGUUGCGGUGGGAAUCUGUCAGAAAGGUGUUUGAGAUAAGCCUCAAAGUUUUGGAGCUCAAGUUUGUCAUUUACAUCCGUUCAGUUCUGGCUGUGAGCACGGAUAGAGAGAUUACGUUAUAAUCCCAGAGGGUAAAUUAAAAUGUCAAAGCAGUCAGUGACUUUUAGACUAAAAUAAAAACGGGCUUUUUAGAAAGAGGACACGGAUACAUACAUGGAAGAAAAACUUGUGCGAAGUUGAACCAAAGUUGACCUUGUGUGACUGUCAUGUUGGUACAGAAAAAGGGCAAAAGGUAACAGUUAAGAUGCUCAUACUGAUAAAAUAACAAGAUAUUUAUUUGUAUAAUAAUUGUUUAUAACAGUAUGAAGUUGGUAAGCAUACAGUCCAAAAUGAAAACAGGUUAUGUCUCGUCUUUGCUGGGAUUUAAAUCUCUGCCAACAUUAUCUUCCUGUCAAUCUAUAGAUACUGAUUUAUGACCCCAUCCUCACCAGGUGGAGCAGCUCUUAUCGCUUUAUGUUUUGUGUUUUUUGACGGAUAUGACGUUCAUAAAUCACUAACAGACACUCAGGGUGUCAUCGCUGCUGCUCUGCGGGUUAACCUGGGCCAAACUUCAAGAAUUCAAACCUGGUCGAAAGCCAGGCGUCAAAUGUGUCUGAGAAAGUGUGUCAGUAUGUGUCAACUUGGCAGGAGGAGUAAAGUGUCUCCAGGCUGUACCGGGCUGUUGUGCUGUUGAUCUGACUCUCUGUCCCUGUCCUGGCCAAGCGAACCUGACUGUAUCUGUCCGUCUGCUCCCCAGGGUCGUCAAAGAAGAGAUUUCCGAUGACAACGCCAAGCUGCCGUGCUUCAACGGGAGAGUAGUGUCCUGGGUAAGUGAGAUGAAUGGUGCGCACCCUCCCCUCCUCUCUCCUGGCCGCCUGCCUGAACUGCGCAGCCUCGCCUCUCUUACUAAAGAUAUGUUGAGCACUCAUGGAUCAUGUAAAUGCAGCCAUGCAACGCCUCCGCACAGCUUUUAAAACACACUUCACCUUGAUGUCUCCACUGGGCUGUAUCAUAUAGGUGUUAGCGAUUUCCAUUAGAUAUGAAACUUGGCUUCAGUUACAAAAAAACACAACUAGAAGUACUACUUAAAUCAGGAAACACUAAACCUUGUAAUGUAGCCCAUCUGAUGCUCCAUUACUCCAAUCGACUUCUGCUGAUAUGUAGUGGUUUGUAAUUAUGGAAGAUAAACAGCGCGGAGAGCCCAGGUUCCCCCUCUGGGACAUUAAACAUGUUACAUGUUGGGAUCAAUCCAUCAUGUUAGAGGAGAUUUACAUUUGAAUCACAGUUGUAUCAUAACGCAGACUGAACCGAACUCACAGGUUAGUGCGCUGCCUCUAAACAUCGACCAAAGACUCAGAGAACGGACGUGUAAAUCAGUUUGACAGGUUUAAUCUCGUCAUUGGCUUUUUGUCCGUUUUUGUUAACAGUCCUGCACUUAAAAAUUAGACUUUAUUGAUCUCCGAGGGGAAAUUCAUUAGUUAGCUCGCCUGCCCCCCAAAGGGAGGUCAUAGGUCAGAAUCAGUGUCACUGUGGCAGCCAUAGAGUAGUUAAAGACUGUGCUGCUCGAUAUGACUUAAUCAGUGUCAGCGCUCUUAGCUCUAACUGUACCUGAAGGGGCCUCGCUGUAAAUAACAGCAACCCAACAACCACAUUUACACAUUUUUAAACCUUAUUCUUAUUCAACUUUCAUAGAUAUAUUUAUUAUUUGUCUCCUGUGUACAAUAUUUGCAUACAAUUCAUUAGCAUUUAUGACUCUCCAAGGCAGGAUUGUGAGUUUGCAGACUCCAUAUUUUCACAUCUUACUUGUAAGUCCAAAUUCUACAUCAGUAGCUCCUUGAAUCUCUCUAAACCAGGCCAUUCCCUCUUUGAAGACACUUUUUUGACUGAUUCAGACGGAAACAUUCAUGUUUAGACUUUUGCUUUCAACUUUAUUAAAAAAAGUGAACAGGAUUUAAUGGUCUUUGAUAGCUGUGCAGCAGUAAUCCAAAAGCAAAUACGCAAAGGUAUAGAGUUUGAUUACUCUAGUUUUGAUUUAUUACAAUUGAAAGGAAUACUAUUUUGAUUGAACGAAUCAGUAUUUUUGUGCAGCAGCAUAACAAACAGAAAAGUGAUUUUGAUAUGACGGUCUUGACGUGCGUCUCGUGUUUUGUCCAUAAAUGUGAAAAUGUUGUGAAUACAAUCAUUGUCUCUGUUUUAGAGGAAUUUUUAGCUGCUGAUAAAGCGAAUGGAAAUUCACAGAGAUGCCUCUUUUUGACCCACAGAAGCAAACUCGAUUAUUAAAAAAGGAGGUUCAAGUUUUUAAAAGUUGUAGCUGCAGAAAGAGGCGAUUAACUGUGUAGUAAAGAAAAUAGUUUUUGACCUUCCCCUCAGCGAAUACUCAUGAUGAGUGACUGUGAGAAAAAGCAGGAUGGCACUUUUUGAGAGACAACAUGAUUAACGUUUGUCAAAGAUGUCCACAGGGGGCGCCAAAAUCAACAUAGAAAGUUCAGGAGAUCAGCUUUAAAACUUUGAAGAUAUGAUAAGAAGUUAAUAGUUAAAAUCCUGUAAGGAACUUUUUCUCUGUGUAGAUUUAUCUCGCCUCGUUCUCUUUUUACUUUAAAAUUUAUGACUCAUUGUAAGCAUUACCAGUCGGGAAAUUAGCAAGGACAGUUUUUUUUAGCAAACCUACCCAUUCAAGGUUAUUUAAAAUUACUGUUAUUAUAUUAUUUUCACUUUUGAACAAAAAUAAAUAGGAAAUGAUGAAAAAAAAACAGCAGAAACCUGAAUUUAGAGAAAUAAAUAACAGUACUGCUCUGAUCUGACAUAUUGGAAGAUCGAGUUUCCACUAUUAUUCGUUGAUCCUUUAGGAGUAGAAUUUACAUCGAGAGGAUGUAUUAUUUUCCUAAUCAAAGUCUUCUUAGAAAAAUGGAGGUAGUGUUCGAUCUAAAGAGAACAAGGUCAGUUCUUUGUAUACCUGGAGGUAUUGAGGUAUUUUUCCCUCAUAACUCUGUCAAAUCAAAGUAGUAAUUCCUUUUUUCCUGUAAAGCCAUUUUCUAUUAAAGUGGAUAACUAAGGACCGGAGUGAAAUCUGCUCCUUCAUAAUGGGUUUCACACAGAGAGCCUGUAAGCUCACACCAGACGUGGCACGCAGACACAGGAGGUGAGGAAGUAAAAUGAAGGGAAAAAAUCCUUUAAAAUCUUUGAAAUGGAGCAAAAAAAAAGGCUCAUUUUAGUUCAUUUAAAAAAAUCUCAUGGCACUGAAGUGACGUCUGAGACUCGGAGAGCUUGCAUUAGAAUAAUCGCGGCUCAUACCGUUGUUAGUCUGCAUGGCUGUCUACUUUAAAGUUCAUUAUUCUGUCUGAGAUGAAAGCAGAGUGCUCGUACCUACAGGUUAUUGUACAUCAUCUUUUGUACCUCGCAGUCGUCUUCAAAGUUUCCCCGCUGCUUGCCGUGUUUCUCAAGUUAUUUCUGAGCAGCCACUAGUCAUCUGUCGUCCUUUUUAGCAUCUCGUUUUGUAGCUUUCCCCCCUCGUGUGUUUCAGCUCUCAGGAUGCAUCUUGUGCCCGCACCAGUAUUUGUGUUUGUGUGUUGAUGCUGUUUUUGAUCUUCUCUCCUCACAAUGGGGCCUCUGUCACUCAGAAAAAAAAAACAUUUAUCAUAAUUUUCUGCUCCUCUGUCUGAAUCUUUUCUUUUUUUCUCUCCAACUUUUCUCUCCCACAGUUGGUCCUAGCGGAGAGCGCCCACUCUGAUGGAGGAUCUCAGUGUACGGAGAGCCACCCGGAGCUGCCCCCUCCCCUGGAGAGAACAGGGGGCAUCGGAGACUCCCGCCCCCCCUCUUUCCAGUGAGUAGGCUGUCAUGUAUGCACAGUUAUAUAGGGUGCCGUCUGUAAAGCAGCCCAUUAUGAAAACAACAGCAAGAUUUGGUCACAUUUAGCUUCAAACAGCAUUUACAAAAGUGAUGUGAAUUUUCGGCAGUCAUUUUUUUGCACAUUUACAACAACAUUUAAAUACUAAAACUAAAUGUUAAAUGUUAAAUGUAAAUGUGUUGAGCAAAACUAAAUAUUUAGCUAAUAUGCAAAUUCACGGUCGGAAACCGGAAGUGCCAAAAUAAAAGCUCCAGAAGGUCAUAUUGAUGAUCCUUGUGUCGAAGAAAACGAAUUAAAACCAAUUUAAGGGGGGAACAAAUACUCGGGGUGAUGUUUCGUGUUAAUAACUACUUACAAUAGCAAGCAUGUGUGUGUGCGUGUGUUCGUACAGUGUCCGCGCCACACGGAGAAGCGACACUGAAAACUCGAGUCUUUCUAAUAAAGUUUUUGUUGUUACUGUCGCUAUUGUAGGUAGUUAUUAACACGAAAUGUCACCCCAAGUAUUUGUUCCCCCCUUAAAUUGGUUUUAAUUCGUUUUCUUCAACACAAGAAUCAUCAAUAUGACCUUCUGGAGCUUUUAUUUUGGCACUUCCGGUUUCCGACCGUGAAUUUGCAUAUUAGCUAAAUAUUUAGUUUCGCCCAACACAGUUAGAUUUAGCAUUUAACAUUUAUAUUUAUAUUUAACAUUUAGAUUUAACAUUUAUAUUUAGAUUUAACAUUUAGAUUAAAGGUAUAUAUAUUUAACAUUUAUAUCUAAAUUUAACAUUUAGAUUGAACAUAUAUAUUUAACAUUUAUAUUUAGCAUUUAGAUUUAACAUUUAGUUUUAGUAUUUAAAUGUUGUUGUAAAUGUGCAAAAAAAUGAAAUUCACAUCACUUUUUUAAAUGCUGUUUGAAGCUAAAUGUAACCAAAUCUUGCUGUUGUUUUUUAUAAUGGGCUGCUUUACAAACGGCACCCCAUACAGUUACACACACAUACAUGUACGCAGAUUUGACCUCUUUAUUCCAUGUGUGCGCUAAUCAAGUUUUUCAGUCCUAUGGGAGAUGUAGGUGGUCUAUACGCUCGAGUGUGAAAAAGCCAUGAAGUAUGUGCUAAAGCUCGAACAUGCAUGGGUGUGAGUAGUUUUCCCACUUGAGUGUGCGUUCCCUCUCGCCCACUCAAGCAUAGAGUAAGGCGUUAGUCCGCUCGUCUAUGUAAACAUGAUGCGUACACCGCCGCCGCUGCUGCUACUGCUGCUGAUUCUUGAAAUAGCCUCCACAGCACAAACAUCUUCAGGCAAAUACUGGCACUCAGUGAGGCACCCAUUGUGUUCAGCCCUCUCAGAGCAGUCAUCCACACUCGGAUAAUAAAGGCACAUGCGUCAUAAAAAAAACACAAACAGGUCAGAAAAUGUAGUUUUUCUUUUUGCUCUUUACCUGAGCCUGGACUUAAAUUUCAGCUGCCAGAUUAAAGAGUCUGACUGCAGUAGCUGAGAAGUCCAAUGCUAAAUAUAGCUGUUAGUGCUGGGGGCAGUGGGGGCGAGGGUUGUUGCCAUUACAGCGUGAGAGCAAUAUGGCCGAGGCUCUAUAUUGAGAACAUGCAGUCUGUCAUGUCUGAGUGUAUCUCUUUAUCCAGGGUUUGACAUCUCAGCUCGCUUUUGCCCUCUACGGGCCGCUCCCUGCUGCUCCCCUGUCAGCUGUCCUCAUGGUUUUAUUGUUCCUGGUCAGCUUUCGCUCCCGCUACCGCCACCUUGUGGAGGAAGAGAACACCACGCCGGCCCCCUCACCCCCGACGUCACAUCCCCUCCUCCACCACCUCCUCCUCCUCCUCCCUUUCUCUCUGCUUCUUUGAGUGAGGCCUUUCUCUCAGAAACAGCGUGCUGAAUUCCCUACAGCGAACCUCCUCUCUUUCUGAAAUGAAUCCAGUCUUCCUCCCUCUUCCUCUCUCUGUAAAUGGGGAGAAUAUUAUUACCACUUCAUUUGUCUUUGUGCUUUAUUCAUGCAUUUCAUGUGUUUGUCGGCGUGAAUGGCUCUAUUUGAUGAGCGCACAGAAUAGGUGUUUUGGGCUGAGAAUGGACACAACUGAUGUGCCUCUGCCUGGUAAUCCGGAUUAACAGACAUUAAAAGCGCCCAUCUCCAUUUCCCAAGAGGGAGGGGGGAGGCGGCAACUGGCAGCAGAGAGGAAGGUGGUGAUGGGGAGGGGGUAAGGGGUUGAAAAGGGGGUGGCAUUUGUUCACAGCUGCAGCCCUGCGCCUCGGAUAAUCUCCUCCAGGAUCAGGAGAGCUGCCCGCCCGCCCGCCUGGUCAGCAGCCAUCGACAGCCUGACAGUCAGUCAACACAGCAUCAAUCAAUCGGCACUCUGCUCCCCCAUCACUGCGCCCUCGCUCGUAUUUGCACACACGCGGUGACCUGCGCCUGGCCCAGGUGCACCCAUUAGCACUCUGCAGCAGAAACGUGUAAGCACGCCUCAUUGAGCAUUUUAUCCCGCUGAGUGAACACGGCCAACACAGCGUCCUGUCCGCGCCGGUGUUUUUAAUUUACAUUGAUCAUCCACACUCUGACCAUAAGGUGUGUAAUUAAACUGUUUGUUGCAGUAUUCAGCCGUUUUCCCCCCCCUGAUGCUAUAAAUCACAGUAUAGUAGAAAAAUACUCUCUUUACUCCACUACCCUUUGACAGGAUAUAUGAAUGUAUGAAAUUAUGACUGUGUGCGACCAGAGUGAUUCACUUUACAGCACAAUUACACGCAUGGAAAGAUAAACUCAAAAAUAGAUACAAGGUUUGAGAGAUUAGAAUAAAUGUAGCUUUACAAUUUAUAAUAAUAUAAAAAAAUGGACAAAAUUAUAUUUUUAUCAAAAAGAUUUUAAAGGGAUAUUCCAGCGUAAAAUUAAAUUAGGGUCAAACACACCAUAAAACAGAGUUAGACACCCCGUCGAGAGAUGAAUGUUAGUAACGACCUCAGAUAGCAAUAACCAGCGAUCUGAGGAGCCACGUGCUUAACCAAAACGCCACUCUAUAGCCACAAAUAAUGUUCAGAACAGCUCCUAACUUCAUCAACAGUACAUAUAGGGUUGUAGCCAUAGCACUUGCCACCAAACAUCUUUUUAACUUUGACUAAUUUUUUUAGCAAAGGGCCUAAACACAACUCACCUACUCUCCUCCAGCAGUCACUUGCUUGUAGCGGGGUGACGCAGCUCAAGGAAGAACAUUUAUGAUCAUUUCCUUGAAGUAAUAAUCAUCAUAUUAAUCAUUUUGCACUGCAGACGCGGUAGUUCUUCUGCCUUUGCGUCUCAGUCUGAUUACAUUUCCAUGAAGAAAUGAUCAUAAAUGUUCUUCCUUGAGCUGCGUCACCCCACUGUAGUCCGUAAUGGACUCGUCCAAGGUCUCCGUACAAACAAGCGACUGCUGGAAGAGAGUAGGUGAGUUGUGUUUGGUCUCUUUGCUAAAGAAAUUAGACAAAAAUAAAAAGAUGUUUGGUGUCUAGUUCUAUGGCUCAGACCCUAUAUGUACUGUUGAUGAAGUUAGGUGCGGUCGGCAACAUUCAUCUCUCCAUGUGGUGUCUAACUCUGUGUUACGGUGUGUUUGACCCUAACUUAAUUUUAUGCCGGAAUAUCCCUUUAAAGAUUUAAAUUUUGUGUGACAGAUCAAAACUCUCUGAACUCUUUGACAGAGGAUAACAUGUCCGUCAAUCUCUGCAGGAUGAUGUUUGUGUUUGAAACACUCUGAAUAUGACUCUGUUUGUACACCAUUUGAACAUGCAUGGUUGCACCUUCACGCACAUGCAGUUAUUUAUGCAGGUGUGAGGUGCGUGUAGCACUUCUGCUCAAGUGUGUUUGACACCCUGACAGUGUUGAGCAGAGUUCUCACCAGCUUCAGGUUUCCUCGCUGCCCGGUGGCUGUGUGAGUCCUUUUACCCCCGCACCCCGGGGCCACAGCUUCUCCAGCCCUCUGACAGAAUAACAAUCUGCCCUCCAGCACCUCCAGAGCCCCCCUGACUCCUCCUGGACCCCGAGUACACAGAUCAGCUCAUUGCUCGGCUCACACCUGAUCUGCCACUUCUCGCUUUUUUUAAUGCAAUCUGUCAUUCUCCUCUUCUCCCGAUCAAGCUGCAGGCACCAUCUGGGCUUUCAAUAGGUCUCAUUAAUACCAGUAUUGUCCGGAACUGCUCCCUCUCAGGGUAUCUGGUCAUUAAUGACACUUAGCGAAAAACACAUCACAUACCCCAGAACAAUGAAACUGCUAUUCUGGCUGCAGGGAUUGAAUUUGAAACAUGGUCGCAAUAUGAGCUGCAUAUUCCCCUCAGGCUGAAUGGCAGGCAAACAGAUAGUAUAACAGACAAGAGCGGAUUGUAGCUGGGGAGUUUGUUCGGGAGUUAAGGAGGCUGGAGAAUUAAUUUCAAAGACUUUCUGUGACAGAGACAUGUGUUUUGUACGUUAUUGUGGAUGUGACUGAAGUUUUUCCGAUGUGUGUGUUGCAGCGCCAAUGCGGUGAGCAGCAGAGACGGCCUGGACACCGAGACGGGGACCGAGUCUCUCCUGAGCCACCGCCGAGAGCGAGAGAGGGAACGUGCGCGCAGGAGAGCCAGAGAGACUGAGCGUGAGUGUGUUAUCAACCCGGAGCAGAUGGGCCUUAAAAAAAUGCAAUUAUCCUGUCAUUUUCAACUUAUUACUUUUCACUCCGAGUCUUCACAGCGAGGCAAAGGUGGACAGAAAGGAGGCAUGUAUCAGAAAGAGACGAACCCUCAGGGAUCACAUGUUGAACUUUAGCUGCAUGAGACCCAAAAGCACGAGUUUUUCAAUCUCUGCGAAGAGUCGGGGAAAGUGAACAAGUUCAUUCUGUGUCAAAGUUUCAGGAAUUUACCGUCUUGCCUAAUAAUUCCCAUCUUCUGUUUCCUGCAUGUGGCUCAGGUUUAUGGUCAGGGGCUGUUUUCCACUCGGUAGUCACACUCCAGCCUUGUAGGAUGAUUAUACGCUGUCAGAGGAGAAGAGUGUUUCAUGAAGAAUCAGAGGAAAAGUCUGUCAUUGCUGCAGAGUCGAACAGGAAAAAGAAAAUGUCAGGAUCUUUAUUUUAAAAGCUUUCAAUAGCUGCUAUCAAGUGCAAACACAUCUGCUUUUAUUGUUUUGGCAUUUGGCUGCAGCGUUUCUAGUAAAAUCACUUUGGUAAGAGGAGGGCGAGUUUCUCUCAGCUCUCUCAGAUUUUGAUAAAAAACCAUGUGUGUGCUGUCCAUAACAGACAAACUGGGUAAACUGGUGCUGCUGCAGGGAAGGAAGCGUUUGUUUUUAUCAGCAUCACACUGCUAAUAAAGUGAGAAACCCUCUGCAGUCUGUUCCUGCUGUUGGCAAAUAUUUAAGCAGUUUUGGUCGAUUAAUGACAGGAAGUAGGAAAACAGCAGCUGCUGCAAAAUAAAUCAUCUUUUUCUGUUUGUUUUUUAGAUUUAUUUGGAAUAACGUAGAUGAUAACUGGUGAGGGGGAUUUCAGAGUGAGACAUUUUUUUAGCCUCAGGGUUCCUACACAGUUGGAAUUUCCAAACUUCUCCAUACCCUACUUUAUUUUUGGAAAUACCAACUUUUCUAUUUUAGAAAACAGUAUUUUAGAACUGUGGUGAUAGUCAAGAAACAUAAAUAUUUUUCCACAAUUUAUUUUUCAUUUACCAUACUUUUUAAGACCUGGAAAUUGAUCAAAUUUAUUCCAUACUUUUCCAUACUUGCGUAGGAACGCUGUAGCCUUUUAAAGUUUACACCCAAACGUAAGACACAAUAAAUAAACGUAUCAAAUUAAAGCCGUGAGUAUUUUUCCAUUCAUAAAAAGGAGAAUAUGUACAUUAGUUAUUCAUUAACCAUAUGCUAAUGAGAGUUGUCAAAACCAUAUAUAGAAUGGACGCCGUCUGCCUCCUCGCUGGGUGAAGCCACUCUGAGAACAGCACCCUCUGUUGACGGGCUGUAGUAUAGGUCAUAAAUCCUGCCUCCUCCAGCAAUCCCUAUGGGGCUGUGGACAAACUUUAGAAAUUUAUUACACAGAAUAUAAAUGUUUCUCCCCCCUGGUUGCGAUGUUGACAUGUAGUUACUGUCAGACUGGUUUGUGCUCAAGUCCUCUUUUUUUCUGUGCAGCUCAAUUUUUUAAAGUUGUUAGGGGGUUCAUUUUCUCUAUGAUUGACACUUGAUGCAGCCUAUGGGCGUACGAACAUUGCUUUUUGAGCCGAGCGUCAUCACAGCAACUCUUGGUGAUUGUCCCACCAAAUGCGUACAACGCUACUGCGCAAUGUUGGUUUCAGGAAAUGGAGAAAAAACGUGGAAUUACUGAGAACUCUUCGGACUCAAAUCUGUACACUGGCAGAAGAUGGAACCAAGUCGUCCAUAGUAUAUACAGUCUAUGGUUAAAGCAUGAGGGGUGCGCAGAUUGCUGAGUGGGUUAGUGCACCCCAUAUUUGGGGACCACGGUCCCUGCAGCGGUCACAGGUCUGAGUCCGGCCCUGACCACGUGCUGCUUGUCCUCCCCUCUAUCUCCUCACUUUUCACUCUAUCCUAUCAAUAAAAGGCGAAAAGUUGACUAAAAAAACAUGUUACAGCUACUUGCAUGUUAUUUUGUCCCUUUAAGCACACCAUAGUGAACUCUCUGCUGCUUCCUUCAUGACACUCUCCACUCUCGAACGGCACAUUUCACUCAGAAUAACUCCCACACGGCUCAGCUGACAUGUCAUAAGUAACACACACCGGUGAGCUAAGCAUGCAGGUGCAGACUGAUACCUGCAGCUGCAUCACAGAAGCUAACAAAGCUGUGUGGGAACUGCUACACACACCUAUAUGUUGAAGAAAUGUGCUUUUUGUCAUGUGCUGAAGCGUUGCCCUAAAAAAAACAAUCAGAGACAGCACUUUGAAGCUGUCUCCUACUUUUAAGACCAUUCUAGUGUAGCUGCGCAGCAUUUAUUUAAAUAAUAGAUCUAAAAGUCAAGAUCACAAAGUUUAUUUCCACUCACAGGAACUGCAGCUCUUUCUCUCUUCCCUGCAUCCUUUCUUCUCUUCACAGAAAACUACCUCUCACUUCCUGCACUCUUGGCUUAUUAUGCAAUUAGUAUCAGAGAGCGCAGCUUCAGGAUGUAGGAGAAGCGUCUCUGUAGCUGGAGACAGAUUUAACUCAUCCUGUCAGAAUAAACGCAUCAUCACAUCAGUGGAUUUCUCCUCCUUCUUUGCAUCCUGUGUUUCUGGCUCGGCUGGAGACGUAUCAUCUGCGCUCUUACCGUCAGAUCUGCCGCUGACUGCACAUCUGUUGUUUUGCAGGUGAUGCUCUCAAACCCUGAGCCUCAAUGAACUUAGCGUCUGUGCUCUCUCUUCUUCUGCGUUUAUCAGCCUCGUAAAAAAAAAAAACUGCUUCCCCCAUCUUCUUUAAGUGGCGUCUCCCCUCGGCUAGCUUGUUAGCUCUAAUUAAUUGAAACCACUGGGGGAAUUGGGUGGAUCUCUCUUGGUUUUACCAGCAGUUUUCACAGCUCAUAAAGCCCUCUGCUUCACUUAAUUUGUGUCGGCUCAGCAUUUGCUCUCUCAAUCACAUGACCUGGAUAUAUAGACAUAUAAAGGUGGAGCCAGAAGCCCCGCCUCUCUAACCUCACAGCCUGCAGCAUCAGCAGCAGCAGCAGGAAUUCCCCUGUCACCUUAUCCACACGCUCUGAGUGAUUUGUCUCGGUGUGAAUGCCGCCUGUUUUACAGCGAUCGGUUAAAGUGGUAAACGUAUCCUGUCUUAUUUGUCCGUGUGCUGCAGCGUUUUAAACUGAACGGAUGAAUGAACAGGUGUAGGAUGGACGUACGCAGACUUAUAUAUCCUUUGUGGGCGCCAGGUGUGCUGCAUUUAAGCAAAACAAGAUCUCAUAAUCAGUUAAGUGCAGUAGCAGAGAGUCUUUGUUGGUAAAAGAGGAGAAAGCAUAGCAGUUUGAUAAAGCGUCACGCUGCGGAGCACAGCGGGGAUUUUAAGGUCGAGGUCAGAGAAGACAUGGUUAAGCCAAAGCACUUAUGCUUGUAUUAAAGUAUUAACACAAAGCGCUAAAAACAGCUGCUGAAACUGUCGCCAAAAGUAUCUGAAGGGCUUAUUUUUCACUGAUGGAAAGCUGCUGGUUUUUAAAAACCCGGAGCUGUUUUUUCACCUGAGGCGGAGACGUGAGAGGAUGGUACAUCAUAUGAAAUCCUCUGUUUAGGAGAACGCCAUCAUCUGAUUGGUCGAGGACAGAUUAGCAGUCAUUCUAUAGUUGUAUGCUGAGGGGGGAGAGAGGGAGGAGGAGAUACUUUGUCCUGACUCUCAGUUCAGAUUGUCAGUGCGACGGAUGAGGACACACUGUUGGCUGCGGUGAGAGAAUUCAAUUUUUUAUGAUUUAUGACUUUUGAUUAUGUGAAAUGAUAAUUCAGAUUUGGUUUUAUGGUUAGCUUGGGGCUUGUGUUUGAGUUAAUUGAAUAUGUAUGAGGGAAGUUCCUUAGUGAAAAAAAGGUUUCUUGUUUUGAAAGGAGAGAAAUAUAUAGUCGUAAACUUAAUCAACUCCUCCGCUGCUGCUUAUCGACUUUAUUUGAGAGAAACUGAUUUAAAAUGAUCGACCAAUCUUUGGAUUUUCGCAGCAGGCUUAUGUCUAAUCAUUUAAAAGUUACACGAUCUUGAUAACACCUUAUCUAAAGUUGUCCAUGUGAUGCUCUGACUUCUGAUUUCCUGGCUGAGCUCAGACUUUUCACUCUGUCUCUGUCACUGCCUCUGUUGUAGAUAAGCUGUGACGCCUGUCAGCAGCCAGCCGGUGAGCAGAGAGCGUCUGCGGCUCAGGCUGACUUUAGCACAGCUGAGGCCGAGUGCAGGGACGCACGUUUCAGUCUGGCUCGGUGAACCUGCAUGCUCGUCUUCUUCUUCUUUGUUUUUGUUCUGUUUUCUCCGCCGAGGCAGUCACUUGAGCGUGGGAGCGAAUAUGUCUGAGUGACUGUGGAUGUCAGGGCUCUCUGGUGAUUGAGUGCUUGUGUGCAGCAGCAGCAGCAGCUCAGCUUUCAUAGAAGUGCUCAGUGGGCGGAGCUAACAAUGGGAACAACCACAUUGCUGGAAUGUUUCGCUUGCUCUCGGCGAAUUCGCUGGCUGCCACGCCCUCUUCGCCUUAUGAGACCUUUCCAGCCAAUCCGCUGUCACCCUGAGACAGCUCCACCUCUGCUGCAGUGUACGUAUGGAGGCCGACUGAGUGAUCCAACACAGCUGAGAAGUGAAAUUAUCAAGAGUGAAGUGAACUUUGAUCCCACAGAUCUGCACUCUUAGGCAGAUAUCACUCUUCAUUUCACAUCUUCUGCUCAGAUAAAUCCAAUACUUGUGCGAUUCCUCCACUCUCACUAACACUGACUCUUCUCCCGGUUGCUCCCUCUCAUUCUGAUCUGACCCCCUGAUGAGCUCCGUGACCCCCCGGGUCUGACUCACUGCUGCUCUGCUCCCUCUCUCUCUCUCUCUCUCUAUCUCUCUCUCUCUCUGCAGUCCCUCGCAUCAACGGUCACUCCAAAUCAGAGCGCACAGCCAGGGACUCAGCCAUGGGUUAUGACAGCGCCUCGGUAAUGAGCAGCGAGUUGGAGUCCAGCUCGUUUGUCGACAGCGAGGAAGACGAGGACGCAAGCAGGUAAAGACCUACCGAGUAUGAAAGUGUAGCUCUGCAGUAAAAGCUUUUUUCCUGAGGCUUGAGAUAAAAAAGGUCAAUAAAGAAGCAGGGUCACACUGAAUUCAAUCCAGUAAAGUACGCUUGCCUUUAUUUCCGAUAAAUCUGCAUUUCUAAAAAGAUUGCUUUGCUUAUCCAUCUCUCAAAAAUCAAAAUAAGCUCCAUUUACGAAGAUUUGAAACACAUUAAAAUGACAAAUCUCUCCUAUUUUUUCAGCUGGGAUUAGUAGAGACUGACGUUUUGCGUGAUUGCUUCCUCAGACAAAAAUAAUCGUCGCUGUUUAAUCUUUUUUUAGUUGAAGCUCCUUUGAGCCUUUUUCCUUUUUUUUUCAGCGGAGAAUAUUAACAAUGGUGCCUCUUUAUGAGCUUGAAAAGUAAACAAGUCCCAAAUGUUUUACACUUCAUUUGUGGGAAAUUUUAACGCCUGUAACAGCUGCAGGGGAGAAGCUGUCAGACCAAAUGACUUACAGCCAAGCAAAGACUUUUAUUUUUAGUUAUUUAUUUAUUUUAAUGUUUAUUUAACAGGAACAAUACAUACAACAAUGCCACAAGAAAUACAAAAUAUACUGAAUACUAUAAAUGCAAAUAUACCAACACAGUGGAUAAUACAGAGAAUGGUCAGGUGACACAAAUAAAUAAACACUAACGAAAUUUAGAUUGAAUAUUCUCAGUGAGGGUUUAAAGAUGAUACUUCAAUAUUCCAAAACAGAACUCAACUAGAAAAGCACUCGGAGAGCGCAGACCUCCGCAAAGCAGCUCAUGUCUCCCCUUAUAUUGUGAUUCACACCAAAACUUUUAGUGUUACGUGUCUUUUAUUAACUUUUAUUUGUGUUUAAACUGGUAUGUUCACUGUUCAUAAUGUUCCUAAAACAAGAAAGCUCAUAUUAGAUACACAAAUGCAUGAUUUAUUAUGCAAUAUUUGUAAGCCUUCACUUCCUUGUAUCUUCAUUGGUUAUCUUUCAGCAUUGAAAAUUCCAACAACACCCUUAUUUUUGUGUGUUCUGGAUCACAGUAUCCGGAAUUUUGUCUGGAUCAGGAUCAACCUUUGACACCUCGUAAAACUCAAUGAGAUCCUUUUGUGUAAUUUUUUACUAAAGACUCUGGACAUUUUUAUAGAGCUAAAUGCAAAAAUUCCAAAAUUUGCCCUAUCUCACAAUGAUAAAGAAUCCUUCAAAAAAUUCCUGGAUCCAGAAGGCGAUCCGGAUCACCACCAAAAUUUAAUGGGAUCCUCCUGGGGCUGACACGCACCUCUGGUGAAAAUUUCAGGUCAAUCCGUCUGUUACUUUCUCUGUAAAGUUGUUCACAGACAAACAAACAAACCAACGCUACCGAAAACAUAACCUCCUUGGCGGAGGUAAAGAUCAAGUCAGAGCAGAUGUCAAAAUUCUUUCUCUUCUCUUUACGUCUCCUCUUCCUCCUCCGUUUCAGGCUCAGCAGCUCCACAGAACAGAGCUCUUCCUCACAGCUGAUGCGCAGACACAAACGCCGCCGACGGAGGCACAAAGUCGCCAAAAUAGACCGGGUGAGACGGAUCAGUGCUCGCCUUUGAGACACCGAGAGAGAGAGGACUGAUGGAUGAAGCCUUUCACUCACUUUGAUUCUGUUUUUUUGUCUCUUUUCUUUCUAGUCUUCAUCCUUCAGCAGUAUCACAGACUCCACCAUGAGCCUCAACAUCAUCACCGUCACACUCAACAUGGGUAACCUGACUCUAUAGAUAAGAUACACAUGAAAAUAUAUGAGAUGAAGAGUAGCUAUUUACCUCCCUCUCUCUUCUUGACAGAAAAGUACAACUUUCUGGGUAUCAGUAUUGUCGGUCAGAGUAACGACCGGGGAGACGGCGGUAUUUACAUCGGCUCCAUCAUGAAAGGCGGAGCUGUUGCUGCUGAUGGAAGAAUCGAACCUGGAGACAUGCUCCUCCAGGUACCUCAGCAGACACUUGUGCCUCUCUGGCGCUAUCUGCUGCUGCUGUUUGUACAGUGUGAAACUUAAUAUGACGCAAACGUAGACGACUGAUCUUCUAUCUGAACCUAUUAAUAACCACAGAGCUGUAGUCGCUUCCGUUUGUGUGCUUUUGUAGAAGUCACUCUGCCUCUCCUUUUCCUUCCUGUUCGUGCCUUUCUUUUUGAUCUCUUCAGUUACGCCCACUGUGAAACACACAGUUUGUUUCUGCUCCAACAUUCACAAUAUCAUAUGUGUUAUUAUGAGUCCGUGUUUCCCAUAGAGAGCGGCUUAGGAUUUACAGGCAUCUGGAGGUCCAGAGAGCCUUUCCAGGGAUUAGUGCAUAAACAGAGCGGAGGCCUCUGCAGAGCUUCACAACAAUACUUUAGUUAUUAAAACACGCUGUUAGAAAUGAGUGAUGCAUUUGAUUUAAUAAGAUAAUUACAUGUUUUUUUGUUCUGCCAACCAGGUUAAUGAUGUGAACUUUGAGAACAUGAGCAAUGACGAUGCUGUGAGGAUCCUCAGAGAGAUCGUUUCUAAAACCGGGUAAGAGAACAGAGAGUAGAUACUGCAGAGGAUUCACCGAUUAUUGAGACAUUUUAACUUCACUGCAGAGGAUUAUCAGAAUGACAGCGUAAAUUUAGAUAUCAGUAAGAGGGUUUUUUGUGUAUUUAAAGGAUUAAUAAAGAACCUGAUAAGACGUAUUAUGACUUUGAGGACAGACAAAUCCCAAAGUUGAGAUAAAAAGCUGUUUUUGUUGUUUUUGUUGUUGUUUUUUUAUCUGGCUUUAAACCCUUUAAGCCCAUUUUUAACUAAUGAUAAAGAGCAAUAUUUUGAGUGGAAAUAAUUUGCGAAUAUAAAUAUCAUUUUUUUAAAUUAAUGUUAUAAGGUUAUGUUGUAGAUUUGACUUCAGUUGUUUGCUACUAAAUAGAUAAAUUCAGGUCCUCUUAAGUUGAAUGAAACGGUGCAGACUCUGGUUUGAGAUGCAUGAAACAAAUAUGGAGGAAUCAUCACUUCAUUUAUGUUCAGAUGAGGUUACAUAACUUCUUUGUCAAGUUUCAUAGUUAAAGUUACCUGAUGUAGAAGUUUGUACAUGUUUCCAUGCAGUUAUAUAGUGUUAAAGUCUCAGUGCAGUUUCAGGGUCAUUCGGUGGUGUUUACACUUAAACGACAGGAUAUAAUUAAAUAAUUUAACAAUCCUUUAAGAAGUUUUUGUUGUUGAAGUUUUUGCUGUCAGUGUUUUUGGUGAAACUUUUGGGGAAUUUGCCACUGGGACUUCCGGGCCUCACAAACCCCCUCAGGGUCAGAAAGAAACACAGAAAUAGAGAAAAGGAGAAGGUUGUGUUUGAAGUUAUGUGAGGCUUAACUAAGGUGUAGUCCUGCACUUGAAACUUUGCUGCAGAGCAUAACUCGUGGUUAAAGUGAGAUAACAUGACUUCAACUCCUUUCUAUCCCAACAAACACAGUCUUAACUCCCCUCUCCUUGAAACCACCAGAUUUCAGUGACAUAAACUGUAAUUUUACUCCGUCAGAGGCAGGAUUGUUUGGUUGUGGUGAAACAAAACAAACUGAUUCUCUUGUUUUUGUCUUUCACAGUCCUAUUAGUCUUACUGUUGCCAAAUGUUGGGACCCGUCUCCGAGGAGCUACUUCACCAUCCCUCGUGGUGAGACUCGUUACUUUCCUUUAGCAAACAUCAGCUAACCAUCCUGAAGUGAUUUUCUUUACAUUCAGAGCAGUGAAGCUGAUGUUUAAGUGUUUUUUCUCUACAAUUGUUGGUUUAGCUGAGCCCGUGCGACCCAUUGACCCCGCAGCCUGGAUCUCCCACACCACCGCCCUGACAGGACCUUACCCACACUACGGUAAAAACCACCAACCUCCACCUCCAUCACACGCUAUGAAACAUCCCUACUGUGGUAAUUACGACGACCCUUUGACAUUUAAAUGGAAAAGUCCUGCCUUUUAUGGUUUUCUCACACACUCAUCCUCGCACCCUCCCCAGAGUUCGAUGACUUGCCUCUAUCUGCCAGUAAAACGGACAUGGCGACCAUCGUCAAGGUGAUGCAGCUUCCUGACUCAGGCCUGGAGAUCAGAGACAGGAUGUGGUUGAAAAUCACCAUUGCGAACGCUGUUAUUGGUGAGUGGAGCUGCAGACACACGCAAAACUUACAGAUUUGUUGUUCCUGUAAGUCAUGUACGACAAAGAGUAGAGUAGACUAAGAGCUGUGUUGUGUAAGAUGUUAUAUGUCACUAGAAAUCUUGAAAAAAACCCUCCUAAUUUAGAGAAGUAAUAAAAUAGAUGACUGCUCAUUUAGGAUUUCCUGAAAACUAAACAGGAAGUUUCAUUUCAGGCAGUUUCAUACCAUUAACUAUUGGAAAAAGCAUUACAGUAGCUACUCAUGUAAGCAAAACCACAAAUUUGAGACCUGCAAAGUAUCAUUCCUCGCUAUGACAUCAACCGCAGCAACAUUGUGCUGUUUGUCUGCAUAUAAUGACUGUGGUUAUGAAAUUAUAAACAGUAUUUUUAGCAUCUGCUCAACCUAUCAAAGCAGGAGCCCACAUGUCUGUGUGUCUGGCUGUUUCUAUGUGUGUGUGUGUGUGUGUGUGUUUUGCUGUGUCAGGUGCUGACGUAGUGGACUGGCUUUACUCCCGAGUCGAGGGAUUCAAGGACCGGCGAGAUGCGAGGAAGUACGCAAGCAGUCUGCUGAAACACGGCUACCUGAGACACACGGUCAACAAGAUCACCUUCUCUGAGCAGUGUUACUACACAUUUGGGGACCUUUGCCAAAGUACAGCCCCUUAAAUCAUCUAUUUAUCGAUAUCUUACAGAAAAAGCAGUCAUGUUUGUGAUUAUUGACUUUUUUCUUUCUCUCUGGUUCUGUUUUCCUUCCAACAAAGACAUGGCAUCUCUUAAUCUGAAUGAGGGAUCCAGCGGAGGAGGUUCUGAGCAGGACACUCUGGCUCCGCUCCCUCCCACCAGCAACCCCUGGCCCCUGGGCGGACAGCCAUUCCCCUACCCGCCUUUUCCCUCCGCGCCCCCCAGCUUCCCGCCAGGAUACUCAGACCCGUGCCACAGUUUCCACAGCGGGAGUGCAGGCAGCCAGCACAGUGAGGGUGAGCGAUGAGAAGACGAGCCUUCGAGUUCUUCAUCAGCCUUUCAGUAUUAAUACGAUGAUUUGACUCAACAUGCGACAUGAUAUCACCCCGUAUCUUAAUAUUCCUGAGGUGUGCCGUCAGUAACAGAUAUUUGACUCAUGCUAAUGCUAGCUGUUCCGGCUCACCGGGGUGGAAGAGGGAAUCUGAGUGCAUUUGAAUUAUAUCAUGUGUGUAUUUUCUAAAACAAGUCCUGUGUUGUCAAGGUCAAUCAUGAGCAUCUUGAGUCAUGCAGCGGACAGCUCUGCAGUACUGGGUGUGUACACGUGAAAACAAACCUGAUAAGCCUUGUGAUUACGAAUCACCAGCUUGAAACUAGAGAUGUUCUGAUACCACUUCAACAUUUCAGACACCAACUCUGCUACCGAAACUCCUCUAUUUACUGAAACAGAGUACCACUAAACAAGUAGGCAUGUUAGUGUUACUAUUUACUCGCUGUAGGGUUUAAAAUAACCUGCAGAAGCCUAGAUUACCCCCUGGUGUCCAGAGAAAAAUAAUGUUAGAGGCUUAAUUGUGGGAUUUUCAAGAUUUAGGUCAACUUAAUUUGAGCUUUCAAAAUAGAGAAGACACAAAAAUGUUAAAAUGUGUGUUUGAAAAUGCUCUUUAGUAACGCUUAGCUAGCUUUUUAAUGUUUAAAUGAAUGUAAAUGUAAUUCUGUGUCUAAAACCUCCCCAUAAAAUCAGGCCUAUUCAAACUGCUUAGUUUAAGUUUAUUUCACUUAGUUAGUUUAAAUUAAUUUUAGAUUUAUUUAAGUCACAAAGCCCUGAAAAUGUGCUUAGAAAUACUACUUUCCAGUAUUUAACCAGCUAAAGUAAUGUCAGCCUCUCUUCUCGCACUAAACUGUCUCUGAAAAAGAAACAACAAGAGGCUGUUGUUAAUUUUAACGGUUUGAUUUUGGGUUUUUUUUCAUUAACUUAAUUUAAUUUAUCAACCUAGCUUAUGGGGACUUAAUACACUCAUUCGAUAAUAAGAGUCUGGAGCACCAGUGGGGUCAGUCUGAAUGAGAUGCAGCCCUAAAAACUCCUCAUUUAUCAUUUGCUGGCGUCUAUGAAACCCUCCUUUUUCAGCUUCAUUCAACUUUGUUUUAGCUGCUUUUCCAGUGGUGAGUUUGCUCCCCACUAUAGCUUUGAACACAUUAUUUGCUGUUUAAAUUCAGCUACAGCUUGUUAUUGUGGACUUUUAUGAGAAGUCUUAAUAGAUGGACAAAUCCACCUUAUGCAUUUCAACAUUGUCCUAAUAGGGCUGCAGAGUGUGACUUCAGGUUCAGGUAAAUUUAGACAGCCAACAUUGUCACACUACUAAAAUACAGAAAGUGUCAAACUGUCAAAGCAGUUUAGUAUCUAAGGUUAGUUUUUCUAUGAUCUGUUAGCCUUUUCUGCUCUUAAACUUUUAGUGGUCGCCAUAAUUUGCAUUAUCACGCUGUAAUCUGCUGUUUCGUGAUAGUUUCGUUUAGUUUAUCUGUUUGGUUUCAGAUUGGUGUAUUAACUCAUGAUGUUUCUGAAACAUUUCUGAAACUGGUAUCAGUAUCAGAACAGCUCUACUUGACUCAAUCAACGCCACGUCCAUCCCUCCUCAUCGGCUCUUGAAUAAUCUUUUGUUUUCAUCUGGGAAUCAGAGCGUGCUUGUUCUUUGUGUUGCUACCGCUGCUGCAUGGUUAUUGUAUUCUGCAUAGAGGAGAGUGGAGAUCCGUGGGGGGGCUUUGUUCAGCGGUAGAAGUGGGUGGCUGUGACAGUGUGUGUCUAUAGCAAACAUUUUAAACCAGUCAGCCCAGACAGAUAAUGGUAAGUUUCAUGUUACCAUCUUUCAGCCUUAUUUUCAUUGUUCCGAGUGACUCAUCCAGGCAUUGGCAUGUCUCGCUUUUGGACGGUUGUCAUGCUUUCAGUGGGUUCAUCUGCAGCCGUUUUAUUAAAGUAGAAGAACAGGGACGACAAGAACAGUCAUGUAAUGAAUUUAAUUAUGAGUAAAUUUGCAGUUUUGUUUCUUUCGGCAUAUCAAAGCAAGUGCUGCGGAUAAUUAUGUGUCUGCCUGCAUCACAAGUGGAUGUAGCCUCUGUGUUGUAUCACGAACUUGCAUUUCCUUUGCUGCCUGCAGGGGGCGACUCUAACGGUUGCCCGAGUGGUCUGAAUGAAAAAUUACCCUCUUCUGCAAAAAAAUGGUCAAAUUAAAAGUUUCUAAUCUUCUUUACUGCAAAUAUAUCGCUAAUGCAGGCGCACUAUAACAAGUCGCCACGAUAGCAAAGAAGCUAUCGUGUGCUAACUCACUUCGGCUACAUCCACUUUUUUACAGUCUGUUGUCUGCCUGCCUGUUUAAAGGGGUCAUUUUUGCUUUGUUGCAUUUUUGAGGGGACGUCUCUGUAAAAUAAUUUGGUUUUAAUUCUGUUUCUGAGCUGAUGAGGGAAUGAUCCAGAACAGCCUUGGGUGUGUUUUUAGCGUAAGCUCAGUAAUAGGGUGCACUAGUUAGUAAAGGAAGGGCUGGGUUGAGGCAGGGAGGUGUGUGUAAUUCUGUUGUUCCCUCUGUUUCUGCUGGGCAACGGUAGACUGAAGGAGGAGGUAGUCCCAGGACACUGGGGGAACCGGUAAGCCUGCUAACCCCCUCUCGUCUCUGCUUCUCUCUUUCUAACCAUCAAUCCUUAUCCUUCUCUUCCUCUCCUCUUUCUCCUGUGCUGGAAAUUCUCCACCUGUCAUACCGUGGCUUUAAGGUUUUUUGUUUUUGUUUUCUUCCUCCGCCCGUCCCAUGUAUCAGUGUGUCUCCUGUGUGUGACUCUCCCUCUCUGCACCUCUGGGCAUGCGAUCGUUCUGCGCUGGGAGGUGCAUGACGCAGGAUGGUGAUCACUCUGAGGCCUGUGCUAUCAUUCUCACUGAUAGGGGGCGAUCAUGCACCAUUUUUUUACCCAGUACUGUUGGGCUCAUUGUGAAAGGGGAAGUGUGGGAUGUUGAUUUUCUGCAACAGUGUGGUACACCUCUAUUGGCAUGACACCACACAUGUGUACUGGCACUAAAACUCGACAUUUACAGACAUCAUAAAUACGAUGAUGUUUCCAAAUUGUGUCAUUCCUACGUUAAUCAAAAAGUGCUGGGUGCGAGUGUCUUUCUGAUGCAGGUGUAUCAUUUUCAAUCUGUGGAUGUUUCUAGCGUUUUUAUCAAUAUUAGUUGAAGCUUCAGGCGGAGAUUUGGGAAGAAACUCUCAUGUUUGUCCUUGUUAACUCUUGCAUAAGGAAAUCUCUUGUCACACCUUAAACAAAUUUAUAGUUUUCUCUGAUUAAAUCAUGCCCUACAUGAAGCUCUUCUGAAGCUUCGUUAUUAUCAUUUUUGUUUAAUGUGUGACUUCCUAGAUCUGCAGAUUUUGGAGCUGCUGGAAAUGUGUGGGUUUUUUUUGUUCUCCUGUGAUUGGCCGAGCUUAAAUGUUUGUGUUUUUCUCCUCGACAGGAAGCCGAAGCAGUGGAUCCAACCCCAGCGCAGGCAAAGGCAAACGCUCCUCCCCGCAAGAGAAAGGUCAACGGUCAACAUGCAGCGAAUCGGAACCCCGCGUCCACGGAGGAGGUAGGCGCGGCGACAGAUCCGCCAGUCAAAUGAGUCACCACAGCCACGCCGUGUCCAGUCACAGUCACGCCCGAUCCAAUCUCAGCCACAGUCAGUCACACCGGAGUCACCCCCACUCACAGAACAGCCACCCCUCCUUCACCUACAGCCACGCCCCUUUCUCCCAGCCGGGGCCGGGGUCGUGCGCCCACAGCGAGCGAAGCCACGCCUCCUCCUACGGCCCCCCGGGCUUACCUCCCCCUUAUUGUCUGGCUCGACUGGCCCCGAAGACCUCGGUCAGCAGCAGCACGCCCCCAGGUGCCCCUCCAGGGAGAGAGCUUGCCGCCGUCCCUCCUGAGCUCACCGCAAGCCGUCAGUCCUUCCAGCACGCCAUGGGUAACCCCUGCGAGUUCUUUGUUGACAUCAUGUGACAGGACAGUGCCUUUAAAACUCAUCGAGCACAAAAAACAAAACCACCCCCUUUUUUUCCACGAGAAUCUCUUGCCUCUAAGAUCAGAAUGUAGACCCUGACCGGCCCUCUACCUUUCCCCUGCUGAUGUCUGAGCACAAGCACAACAUCGGGGUCUUCAGCGGCUGGAAGCUCCUCUUUUGUAUUGACGUGACGUGUACAGUUUGUGAAACGUGAGUGGUUUUCGGUGUGGUGAUUCUCUCAAGCUGCCGCGCAGACAUUCUCGGGAGACUGUACUCUGUCUAGGACUUUUUUCUCUCUUUUGCAAGACCUUUAAGCUGGUUGGGCCUGGAUCUCAAUCCCCCAGACCCAGACUGACUUCGACAGUCUGCACUUAGGAACGUUUCUCUUGCGUCUGGAACAUGGAGUUUAUCUCCAGACUUGGGUGUGCUAAUGAAAUUUAGCACCUUAUGCCAAACCUCUUGCCCCAUCAAGGCUUAUUUAAGCUCUUACCUGCCAACUGCUAAAACGCUAACUUUGAUCAGUCCACGGUUUGUGGAUCCCUGACUUCACGAGAGAGGCAGCCGAUAGUCUAACUGAGCUGCAUAUUGCAUGACUGUCUCAACUGCUUUAAAGAAAAGAAAUUUUAUUAACAAGUUUUGUUUCAAGUAUUACCCUUAUUCGGGGGGAAGGGGUUACCUCUUGCCAAUGUCCUAAAGGAGGGAUCCGUACACUGGAUGAUUUUUGUGAUGUUAUUUAUGUGAUUUUGUUGCAUCGAUGGUGUCAUACUCUGUCUUUGACGACUUACUGACAGACAAUCAGACAUCACCCUCUUGUGAAUCAGCGGUCGAGUCUCCACUGUCCUCGCUGUGCUUUGUCGAAUGUAUCAUUGUUCCUGUCGGUGAUGAAACCCUGGCGUUCGAAACUCUUGGAUAAAAACACGUUUUUAAGUUUUCAGAUCAGCGUACAAACAGGAUUGCAAACAGUUAAAAACACCCACAGCUGCAGAAGCGAACAUAAAGAGUCGACAUGAGAUUAAACCGGUUUGUUACAAGCAUCAGUGCGAUAAAGCCAAAGCCUCACAUUGUGCGGUGAAUAUUUCUGUCUACAAUGUAGUAAAUCUCUGAUGACGAAAACACGACACUUCUCAUUUUAUAACCUCAAACGGCCUUUAAGGGGAAUCCUGGCCUUCAAUUCGGAUCUCCUUGCAAAACAACGACAACCCCCUGAUUUACCUACGAUUUACUGUAGAUAACAGGAGGGAAAAACCACAAACACAAAGACAAGGUCGUUUUCUGAGCACUUUCCCUUUUUUGUCUCUUCCUCCCUUUAGUAUGGAACACUGUUUGCAAUCAAAGCUUUCUCUUUACUUUUGUUUCUUUACAAAAGAUGAAUAAAUUGUACAUAGAAAUUUAUUAUAUAUAUGAAUAAAAAUAUAUAUGUUCAAAAUCUU